AUGAAUUUGUUCUUUCAAACUGCUCAAUGCUCCACCUGGCAUUCAAGUGAAAGAAACCGAAUUGGUAAGGUACCUCCAGCCGUUUUCUACCUACACCACGCCGCCUCGUGGGCACACACCACAGUACCACCAUGCGAUGGUAGAAGUCUAAAAACAGGGUACUCGCACGGUGGUACCGUGGUGUGUGCACACGAGACAGCGUGGUGCAACUACAAAGCGAUUGAAGAUACCUUACUAAUCCGUGAAUAUUUUCGAGCAAGGACGGCUAUCACUAUGUAGAAAAUGCCUCACGAAGACCACG